GUUGUCGGGAUUUGGAUGGUAAUGCGGUCCUGUUGAUAUUUACAAGUAGUUCCUUGUGGAAGAAUCAAUUGUUCAACAGUACAGACCUUGCUCGACUCAUCAUGUAUUACUACUCUGUACCAAGAGAAACAGUUCGCUGUCGAGGUCUGACAAUUGUGGCUGAUAUAAGAGGAUCUACAGCAUCCACCAUCAACACUCUACUGGAAUCACUGUAUCUUUUUGAGGGCUUUGCACAAGAGAAGGGCAAUAUUCCACAGGCUAUCUCAGUAGUACAUUUGUUAGCGGACAAACAUACACAGUCAUUGGUGCUGAAAUCUCCUAUAUACGACGUCCACGCCUCAUUCCAGAUAGAUCUAUUACUGUCUAAUAGUCUUCUCAGUUCAUACAUAUCGGCUGACCAGUUGCCACCAGUACUGGAGGGCUCGUUCCAGUAUAAUCAUGAUGAUUGGAUACGUUUUCAUAUGAGAUUAGAUCCGUUUCUUGCCAGUUGUCGGUCUGUUGCCAGAUAUCUUGUCAACGUUAUCCAAGAGUUAUCCGUUGUCGAUCAAGUGCCAGUGUCAGCUAAGGAGGCGUCACAUCUCGUUGACCAUCACGAGAAUCUCAUUAAAGCCACGUUUGAAGAUCCUCGUGUUAAACGUCUGCAGAAUGAGGGCGAUGCCAUGUUGCAGUCACUGAAGCGUGAGGAAGUAAAUAUCGGACAUACAGACGAUUAUAGGUACGGCAUGGAGGAUAUCACACGUAUAUACCGUCAUGUGCAGGACACAAUUUCACGUCUAAUGAGAAUCUCCGACACACGGAUCACCCGCCUAGAAAAAUGUUACCAGUUGAAAGAUUUUGAUGAGGAGUGCAAUAAGGUUAUAUCUUGGUUACAUACCCAGGGUAACGAAUGUUUACAGCGCCACCUUGUGAUGGCGGACAAUUUGAAGGCAGUACGAGUCCAACAGAAAGAUUUUGAGAAAUUUUACUAUGCUGCAAUGACUCACAUAGAAAAAGGAAAUGAUCUUUUAGAGGAGGCAAGUACAUUAGCUCAGUCUGGAGACUUUGACGAGGUCACGGGGUACAAGGAACUAGCCAGAAUGUUGAAGCGCCAUCUACAACAGUUCUCGGAACGUUUGGAAGAAACAAGGGAGAGAAUUGAGGGUACUUCAAAAUGUUACCAGUACUUAGAUAAGACAUAUGAAUGGGCAUUGGAGGCAAUGAAAUAUGUAGCCAGUAUGAAAAUGGAACACUGUGCAACCCCGGAGGGUCUUGAAAAGUUACUACACAGCUUGGAGCUGUAUCUUCAAGAGCAUCCACCUAUAGCAGACGACACUUUCAAAAACAUGUUGGAAAUAGCAAAAAGACUUGGAAAUGAUAAACUUUUAGAUCAGUGUGCAACUGCACAAGACAGAUGUGUUGAAACUCAGAAAUUGUUGACUUUGAGAGGAAAUACAUUACAGCAAAUUAGGGAUCAGUUAGAGCAAGAUGUGUUGUCAUCUCGGACUAAAUCCCCGUCUGCUCUUAGUUCAAAUCAAAGAAAUAGUUCUAGUUUGUCUAGUUCACCCUCAUAUAGUGCUGUUUCUCAACCUAAUGAUAUUAAAUAUGUUGCUAGUUCGUGCCAGGGAACCAGUACUAAAUCGCACUGGGAACCGAAAGAAACGAGUACACCAGUUGUGCCUAAGACUUAUUCGCGGUUGCUAAUGGAAAAGCUGAAAAAAUCCACGUCAUUAUCGUCCUCAUCAUCAUCCACAUGUUCAUCUCCAACUCAUUCUAUCAUAUCUCCAUGUUCUCCGAGUCACAGUUUAAUCUCACCUUGCCGAUCUGUAGAUAGUUCGCCCGCACAUUCUUUCGCACAACCAUGUAACUUUCAAGGACCAACUUCAGGGUAUCAGGAUCAAAGUAGUGAUAAACAUCAUGGUGCUAAUGUUAGUCAGUUUAUGGCAGAUUCAUCGAAAGAAAAUUUACGUGAUUCGGACCAAAGACACUUUGUGGUUCCGAAUGCUAUUCAAACCUCAGAUGGUUCGCCCCAGUAUCAAAUAGGGGGAAGUGCUUCUCAGACGCGGAAUCUGAAAAAACAAUUACGACGUGCAAUAUCAACACCUCAGACAGGAUUGGCAUCUCCGAUCAUUGAAGAGAAUCAAGGGGCAGUUAGUGAGACGCAGAGUAGCAGGGCUUUGAGGCAGAAUGGACGGACAGACAGUAUGAUAACUGGAAGCUCCGAUAGUCUACCUAGUCUACCAGAGGAGGAUGAAGGUGUUGUUUCCAUGGGAGCUGAAGAAACAGAUUUUGUACGUAAAGAGUGGACCCCUGUUCCUGUUAACACUCAUUUGACUGAACAAGCAGUGAACACCCCUCUACACCCCAUAGCUAACCUUAAGCUGUCAGAAGAAGAAACUAAAAGUAAAAGAACACUUCAACUGAUAAUGAAUGAGAUGGUACAGACAGAGAGAGAUUACGUCUGCUCUCUACGCUUCAUCGUUGAGAACUAUAUCCCCGAGAUGGAGCGUGAAGAUGUGCCGCAGGCUUUGAGAGGCAAGAGGAACGUUAUAUUUGGAAAUAUGGAGAAAAUAUUUCAGUUCCAUCAGCAGUACUUUCUACAGGAAAUGGAAGCUUCGAAGAGGAACCCUUUUCUUAUAGCUCGUUAUUUUCUCAUGCAUGAGAACCAGUUCCAUUUGUAUGCUUUAUACAACAAGAACAAACCCAAAUCUGACACCCUGAUGGCUGAGUAUGGCAAAGGUUUCUUUAGAGAGAAGCAGUUAGAGCUGGGAGAUAAGAUGGAUCUGUCUAGUUACCUGUUAAAACCUGUCCAGAGAAUGGGAAAAUACGCCUUGCUGAUCAAACAAGUACUGAAGGAGUGUCCUCGUACAGCAGCCGAGUAUCACGACCUCAAGGCUGCCGAAGAGAUGGUGAGAUUCCAACUUCGUCAUGGCAACGAUCUUCUGGCCAUGGAUGCUUUGAAGGAAUGUGAUGUAAAUCUUCAAGAACAAGGGAGACUACUGCGUCAAGAUGAAUUUCUGGUGUACCACGGCAGACGUAAAUUUAUGCGUCAUGUUUUCCUGUUUGAAGACCUCAUUCUGUUUAGUAAAACAAAGAGGAGCAGAACUGGCUUCCAGGAUAAUUACGUCUAUAAAUUUAGCUUUAAGAUGUCAGAUAUUGGUUUGACCCAGGACUACGAGGGUUCCGGUUACAAGUUUGAGAUCUGGUGGCGACGUCGUAACUCUGGUGAGAACUAUGUCCUUCAGGCACCGAGCUCUGAACACAAGAAGUGCUGGGUGAAAGAAAUGACCAAAGUGUUAUGGAACCAAGCUAUAAGAAACAGGGAGAAUCGCCUUUCUGAGCUAGCUACAAUGGGUAUAGGGAACAAACCAUGUUUGGACAUCAAGCCUAGCAGUGACAACAUAAACGACAGAUUCAUUAACAUAUCUGUUGGCAAUAGAGAAGCUCGUACCCGCAACUCUAUAGCUGUUUGUUCUAAUGAACUUCUACGACAGGGGAACAAACGCCCUCACUCGAUCAUUUCAGUCAGUAGUACCUCAUCAUCUAACAGCAGUCAGUCAGGAUUUGGGGCCAUGAACCUAGCAUUAAACCCGGCCGAUAGUCCACGAACGUACAGACGCUCGCUUACCUUUAUGUCCACAGAGAGUGGCAUUGGUACAAGUAUUGCUAGUGGUGCUGACAUGGACUCAACCCUUAAGUUUGACAACUCAGAUCUGAUGCGGGCUCAAUCCCCACCCCCAUAUGCCGAUUUCCAGCGAUCUCAUAUAGGGAAUUCUGGGAUGGAUAGAGAAUGCGGAAAGUCAAGGGUCAUAAAUUUGCCGUCACAUGCAGAAGAAAUGACAGAUGUUUGACAGACUUUCUGUCACUAGUGAAUGAUAUGACAUUUUUUUUUAAUAAAAAAAAAAUCUCAGAACUAACCAAGAAGAAGAUUUGCUCUUUCAAGACAAGUGACAUAAAUCAUAAAACAUAAAAAACAAAACAAAAAAACAAAUAAAGGGAACAAGUCAUAGAUAAACUGACCCAAGGAUUAUAGAAAAACGAUCAGGGACAAGAGAACUUUACGAAAGAACAUGAUUUAUUAUAUUCAAAGAAUCAUUACAUCAAUUUAGUGUUAUCGUGCUGUAACUUUAAACUUCUUUUUUUUUUGAAGAAAAAAAAAAGGAAAGUCAGUACAGCAGGAAAAUAGGAAGAUGUGCACUUAUAUAAUAUCAAUAAUUAUGUUUAAAUAAUUCUUUUUUUGUCUCGAUAAAGAUUAUAAUAACCAGACAUUCAUGUUAAUUAAUCAAUUUGACUAAUUGUACAACUGUAUUGAACGAUCAAAUUUAAGGAUGGGAAAUUCUUAAUUAUGAACUAUUAAACUUACAUUGUGACAUUGUGAACUAACAAGAUUUAACUAGAAAAGUCCUUCGAUGUUAUGAAAGCUGAUGUAUUUCUUUGUUUUCGGGGGGAGAACAUUGAGGUGGGAAAAGGAAUACUUACUUGGCUUUUCAUUUGUCAGGAUUAAUAUGUAUUUGUAUUUGAUGUAAAACCAUAGUUUAAAAUAAUUUUGCAGAGUGGCGACUGAAACUUUGUAGUCAAAUGUACAAUCUUUGAGAAAGACUGAAAAUCAUUGAAAAGGUCACGUUUACAAUUUGAAGAAUGAUAAAGAGGGUCAAGGGAAGUAACUGCUGAAGGAAGUCGGAUAGAUAAAAACUACAAUGUAUUUAUUAUUAAUGAAA